AUGACGUAUCACCAAGUACCGAUGUUGAAGAGGGAUAAAGAGAAAACUGCAUUUGCUACACCACGAGGAGGUUUAUUUCAGUAUACUGUCAUGCCAUUUGGACUUUGUAAUGCACCUGCGACUUUUCAAAGAAUCAUUGAAAGAGCAUUGAGUGGAUUGCAGUGGAAUGUAGCUGUGUUAUAUCUUGAUAUAAUUGUCUAUGGAAUCAAAACAGAUCCUGCUAAAAUUGAUGCUGUUAAAAGAAUAUCAGUACCAAAGAAUGUUACAGAAUUGAAAAGUUUCCUUGGAUUGGUUUCGUAUUACCGAAAGUAUAUUAAGGAUUUUGCCAAGAUUGCAAAAUGUUUACAUUUUCUCACAAGUAAAAAUAGUAAAUGGAAUUGGACGACUGAAUGUGACGAAGCCUUCUGUGAGCUGAAGCAAAAACUACAAGAAGCACCUAUAUUAGGAUACCCAGACAUAAAUGGUGGAUCUUUUAUACUGGACACAGAUGCAAGGAAUGAAGCUAUAGGAUUGACACAUGUGAAUGAUUUGCGUGGAAAUACCAGUGAAAACAUUACAAAAGAAGUCGUAUGUGACAUUUAUCAUUUAUUCAAUGCGACUAGUGAUGAAAAUAAUGACGAUGUGGAUUCUGAAAGAAUUACAAAAAGAAGAAAUCGACCAAGACGUGUUAAACAACGGGAAAUACCAAACAUGCAACUGUCGUAUGAGGAAAUUCGUGAAAAACAGGAACAAGACUCAGGAAUAGGACCAAUUCUUGAAUUGUUUGAGGAGUAUGGGACAGAGAAUAAGCCUUCCAAAAGAAAGAACCCUUACAGACAAAAACGUAGUGAAAUGGAAUCUUUCAUAGCAGGAGGGCGUUUUGAAAGAAUUGCAGCGGAUAUAGCUGGACCAUUUCCAAAAACAGCUAGUGAAAAUGUGUACAUUCUUGUGGUAGCAGAUUAUUUUACAAAGUUUGUGGAAAUAUUUCCAAUUCCAAAUAUGGAAGCUGAGACUGUUGCCAGUGUUAUAUUCAAAGGAUGGAUUAAACGCUAUGGAUGUCCUCAUGCAUUACAUACAGAUCAAGGUCAACAAUUUGAAAGUCAACUUUUUCAGAAUUUGUGUACAUUACUGGGCAUUCACAAAACCCGCACAACUCCGUUUCACCCAAGAUCAGAUGGAAUGGUGGAGAGGUUAAAUCGUACUAUUAAGGAUACGUUGUCAAAAUAUAUUUCCUUAAAUCAGUCAGACUGGGACAAAUUUAUUGACGGAAUUUCAAUGACUUACAACAGUACUGUCCAUGAAACAACAGGAGUCCCAGAGGAGAACAUUGAAGAUCAUACAAGCAACCUUAAAAAUUCUGAAAGCAGAAACACCUUGCCAGAUUCAGAUGGAAAUCAAAAUGUACCGUUAGAGAGGAGCAGGAAUGAGACUAAUGGACAUUUGUCAACUCCAACCCAGGUGGAAAAGAAAACAAGACUGGGAAGAAUUAUAAAGACACCAACAAGUUUAGGAAAUAAACACUUCUAA